CAGGUGGAUAGCUUAGGUCAUUCACCACCAGGAGAAUAUGGUCGUUUCAUGCCUGCUAGUCUUGGUGAAUUACAACACCGGACAAGGACAAGAGAAACUCGGCAUCAUUCAAUUACUCCAGGUGUUGGUACACUUCCUCAACCACCCUUACUACCACCACAUUUAUUACAGGGGAUUUUGAAUAUGGACACGAAUCUUCAUUGUGAUCCUAAUUUGCUUCCUCAACCAAAUCAUGUAAUUGUCAAUCAUUUAUACGCUCUUUCAAUAAAAGAUGGCGUCAUUGUCCUCAGCGUCAUAACUCGCUUCCGACAGAAGUUUGUAUCUACUCUAUUUUACAGACCUAUUGAAAGAUAAGUGCACACUUCACGGCAGAUAUUGUGUCUUCUAUACAUAUACAAUCUCUAUCUCAGGGAUCCAUCUACGCGUUUAUAUCAUCGGGUUAUUUCUACUGCGAUAUAUACAUAUAUAUUUGAAAUUUGUGCCUAGAGCCCGUUUGUAUAAACCUUUUAAAACUGUAUUCGCUUUUUACUUCAUAUGGCUCCCCAC